GGUGUUAGUGUUGAUUGGCUUAUGUCGUUCACUCCCACUGGCCUUUAAAUCAUUGCCUUGCUUUCCAAAAGUUCAGAUAAGUCACCUCUGUGACAGGGGUCUGCCAUCCCAAACAAUUCAUGAAAGACUGCACAGGACUGGAUAAAUAAUUAAGAACAGAGUGUUCUGAGUGUUCACACAAGUGGGAGAGCCUUAAGCUGAAGGUGCCGUGUGUUGUUUACACUGAAGAAGCUCUUGUGCGGACAGAAAAAGCAAAGCGCUGACCGCUCAGAUGGACCCCAUGGAGCUGAGAAAUGUCAACAUCGAACCGGACGACGAGGAGAGCAGCAGCGGAGAAAGUAUUCAAGACAGUUACACGGGGUUGGGAAACUCCGGGAAGGCAGCCAUGAGCAGCCAAUUUGCUAAUGAAGAUGCCGAAAGUCAGAAGUUCCUGACAAAUGGGUUCUUGGGGAAGAAGAAGCUAGCCGAUUACGCCGACGAACAUCACCCUGGAACGACUUCCUUCGGAAUGUCCUCGUUCAACCUGAGCAAUGCCAUCAUGGGCAGUGGGAUCUUGGGCCUGUCCUACGCCAUGGCCAACACGGGGAUCGUCCUUUUUAUAAUCAUGCUGCUUACAGUGGCGAUACUGUCACUCUAUUCGGUUCACCUUCUACUGAAGACCGCCAAGGAAGGAGGAUCUUUAAUUUAUGAGAAGUUAGGGGAGAAGGCAUUUGGAUGGCCUGGGAAAAUUGGAGCCUUUGUCUCUAUUACGAUGCAGAACAUCGGAGCAAUGUCAAGCUACCUCUUCAUCAUCAAAUACGAACUACCUGAAGUAAUCAGAGCGUUCAUGGGACUUGAAGAAAACACUGGGGAAUGGUACCUCAACGGCAACUACCUCGUCGUCUUUGUGUCCGUGGGGGUUAUCCUCCCACUGUCUCUCCUCAAAAACUUAGGUUACUUGGGCUACACCAGUGGAUUUUCCCUUACGUGCAUGGUGUUCUUUGUCAGUGUGGUAAUUUACAAAAAAUUUCAAAUCCCCUGCCCUUUGCCUAUUCUGGAUCACAACCCUGGAAACCUGACGUUCAACAACACACUUCCAAUGCACGUGAUUGCGUCACCCAACAACUCGGAGAGCACUGGUGUGAACUUCAUGAUGGAUUACAGUCAGCACAACCCUGCAGGACUGGAAGAGAACCAGGCCACAGGCCCUCUUCAUGGCAGUGGGGUGGAGUAUGAAGUCCACAGCGAUGACAAAUGUCAACCCAAAUACUUUGUAUUCAACUCGAGAACAGCCUAUGCAAUUCCAAUCCUGGCGUUUGCUUUCGUCUGUCACCCUGAGGUCCUGCCCAUCUACAGCGAGCUUAAAGACCGGUCCCGGAGGAAGAUGCAAACAGUGUCCAAUAUCUCCAUCACGGGAAUGCUCGUCAUGUACCUGCUUGCCGCUCUCUUUGGCUACCUAACUUUCUACGGGGAAGUUGAGGACGAGUUACUCCAUGCUUACAGCAAAGUCUACACAUUUGAUACCCCUCUUCUCAUGGUACGCCUGGCAGUGCUGGUGGCAGUGACACUAACGGUGCCCAUCGUCCUGUUCCCAAUUCGUACCUCAGUGAUCACACUGCUGUUCCCCAAAAGACCCUUCAGCUGGGUGAAGCAUUUCCUGAUCGCCGCAGUGCUCAUCGCCCUCAACAACGUCCUGGUCAUUCUUGUGCCCACCAUCAAAUACAUCUUUGGGUUCAUAGGGGCUUCCUCUGCCACUAUGUUGAUUUUCAUUCUUCCAGCCGCUUUUUAUCUCAAACUCGUCAAGAAAGAACCUCUUAGAUCACCUCAGAAGGUUGGGGCUUUGGUCUUCCUUGUGACCGGGAUCGUCUUCAUGAUGGGAAGCAUGGCGCUCAUUAUAAUUGACUGGAUUUACAACCCUCCGAACCCUAAGCAUCACUAAC